GUAGAAAUCUAGGUGUGCUUACAGGAGAAAAUUAGCCCCAAAUUGCUUAAAAUUGAACACUUAAGAUAAAAAUGUAUUUGAUUAAGCUCAUUCUUUUUAUUGCUCCUCUAGUUAUUUCUUCCAGAAUUGACCAAGACUAUUCGACAUUUGAUUCUAUAGCUCCACAGCCAAAAUCGAGAUUUGCUAUGUUAGAUGAUGUCAAAAUUUUAGCCAAUGGCCUUCUUCAGUUGGGACAUGGUCUUAAAGACUUUGUCCAUAAGACCAAAGGCCAAAUUAAUGACAUAUUUCAAAAACUCAAUAUAUUUGAUCAGUCUUUUUAUGAUUUAUCACUGCAAACUAAUGAAAUCAAAGAAGAAGAAAAGAAACUUAGAAAAACUACAUCCAAACUGCAAGUCAAAAAUGAAGAAGUGAAGAAUAUGUCACUUGAACUCAAUUCAAAACUUGAAAACAUCCUAGAAGAAAAAAUUCUACUUCAACAAAAAGUGAGAUAUUUGGAGGAACAAUUAACCAAUUUAAUUAAAAAUCAACCUGAAAUUCAGGAACACCCGGAAGUAACUUCACUUAAAACUUUUGUAGAACAGCAAGAUAACAGCAUCAAAGACCUUCUCCAGACCGUGGAAGAACAAUAUAGACAAUUAAACCAACAGCACAGUCAAAUAAAAGAAAUAGAAAAUCAGUUAAGAAGAAGUGGUAUUCAAGAAUCCACAGAAAAUUCUCUUUCUUCAAAACCAAGAGCACCCAGAACCACACUUUCUCUUCACUUAAAUGAAACAAAAAACAUAGUACAUGACGACAUGCCUGCUGAUUGUACUGCCAUUUAUAACAAAGGUGAACAUACAAGUGGCAUCUAUUCCAUUAGACCCAGCGACUCUCAAUUUUUUAAUGUCUACUGUGAUGUUAAAUCAGGUAAUUCAUGGACAUUAAUUCAACAUCGAAUAGAUGGAUCACAAAACUUCAAUGAAACUUGGGAAAACUACAGAUAUGGUUUUGGGAGGCUUGAUGGAGAAUUUUGGUUAGGUCUAGAGAAGAUAUACUCCAUAGUAAAGCAAUCUAAUUACAUUUUACGAAUUGAGCUAGAAGACUGGAAAGACACUAAGCAUUAUAGUGAAUAUUCUUUUCACUUGGGAAAUCAUGAAACCAACUAUAAACUACACCUCAUUGAGAUUACCGGAAAUGUCCCCAGCAUACUCCAGGAAAACAAAGAUUUGGUGUUUUCUACUUGGGAUCACAAAGCAAAAGGACACUUCAAUUGCCCAGAAAGUUAUUCAGGAGGCUGGUGGUGGCACGAUGUAUGUGAGGAAAACAACCUAAAUGGUAAAUAUAACAAGCCAAGAGCAAAAACUAAGCCAGAGAGGAGAAGAGGAAUAUGUUGGAAGUCUCAAAAUGGAAGGUUAUACUCCAUCAAAUCAACCAAAAUGUUGAUCCGUCCAACAGAUUCAAAAAGCUCUGAAUGAACUAAGGAAAAUUAAAAAGUCAAUAAAUUAAAUAUUAAAAAAAAUCUUUCCAAGUUACUG